AUGUCGUUCCUUAGAUAUUCCGAAUUCCUUCCAACUCGACUCGAGCCACUAGUUGAUAGAUGCGUCAUCUGCCACGACAGCAGAGACGAAACUCGUUUAUGGUCCACAUGCCCUAGCCACUUCAUGUGCAGAGACGACAUUAUCAGAGUCUUUGUCAUGGCCUUGAAGCGCGAAGACAUGUAUCCUCCGACUUGCUGUCGCAAGCCUCAUUUUCCUCUGAAAUUGCAUACGUUCCGCCAUCUUUUCACAAAGCAGAGAUUCCAUGACUUGGCUUUCUACAGGGCACCUGUGGCGCAAUUUCUGCGCGAUUAUGAAACGAUGGAGGCGCAGAAUCGUGUCGAACGCGGGUAA